CUCAAAAAGUACAUAGAAACAGAGUGAGCAAAGCAGGAGCAGAGAGUGGGGAAGAAAGGAAAGGAAAAGAAAAUGUUGCAGUAUCCAUCGUUCAUGUUACAGUAUCCUUGUUCUACUCGGAUCAUUCCGACGUCGUUUUUGCUACCAGCGCAGUGGCCCCAGCCUCAGAGCGACGAGCUUCUCCUUGCUAUGGAGGAAUCUGAUUUUGAAGAAAAGUGUAAUGAAAUCAGAAAGAUGAACAGCAACUUAGUUGUAAUUGGGAAGACUAACAUAGAUAAUGAUAAAGAAGACUUUGACAAUGAAGCAGACGAUGAUGAUGCAGACAAUGGCGAGGAGUCAGAAGGUGAUGACUUUGAGCAGGAAACUGGUUGACAUGCCUUGAUUUGUUUCCUGUAUCUGUAUGUGCGGUCUAUCUACGGUAAUGCUUCGUGGUUCAUGGUUUGGACUAAGUUUUAAAAAUUUCUGAACAGUAUCUGGAUAUUAGUUGCUCAAGUGUUUUGUAGCCAAGGAGAGAUGGUUGGCAUUUCCCUGGUAGGAACGGAAAGAGCCAUCAGUCUUUCUGGCAGAAGAAUCAUAUAUGAAGAACUUGAUCUUUGUUUAUGUAUUUUGGAUGAUACAGCUACUCAAGAUUUUAAUCUCUACAUUACUUUGAAAGAGGAGAUCUGUUUUAUAUGCUGUUAGUUUCUUGUUCUAUCCAUAAAGUAUACAACAGAAGAUACAACGUUUGUUCUUUAACUUCGAUUGUACAAUAGUUUACUACCAUUAUCCAUUACGCUGUAACUUUGAAAAACGA